AUGCCCUCGUUACUUCGCACAGCAUUGCUCGGCAUCAUGGCCGCUGCAGCUGCUGUCGGUGCAGCUAGCAGCACCACCGCCGCCGUCCCCUCACCCAGCACCAGCACCAGCUCCAGCUCCAAGGCAUGCAACAACUCACCAACGCUCUGCGGCCGCCGGUACAACAACAUUACGCACAUGGGCGCCCACGACAGCUCCUUUCUGCGCGAUGCGAGCACCGGCAACUCGGUCUCGGGCAACCAGUUCAAAAACGCGACGGUUGCCCUCGACGCCGGCGUGCGCCUCCUCCAGGCCCAGGUCCACGACAAGAACGGCACCCUGCACCUCUGCCACUCGGACUGCGCCCUGCUCGACGCCGGGCCCCUGACCGACUGGCUCGCCCUCAUCGCCGCCUGGAUCAAGGCCAACGCCAACGACGUCGUCACCAUUCUGCUCGUCAAUGCCGACAGGGCGACGGCCGCCACGCUCGGCGCCGACUUUGCGGCGGCCGGCCUCGACAAGCUGGCCUACACGCCGCCCGCGACCUCGGCCACGGCCAACUGGCCCACGCUACAGUCCAUGAUCAGCAACAACACGCGCCUCGUCGCCUUUGCCACCGACUUUGACUACUCCGCCUCGGUCCCGUACCUGCUGCCCGAGUUUGACUUUAUGUUUGAGACGCCGUACGAGGUGACCGAGGGCACCGGCUUCAACUGCACCCUCGACCGUCCCAGCACCGCCACGCUCAACAAGUCGCCCACGACGGCCAUCUCCCUCCACUACCUCAGCCUCGUCAACCACUUCCAGUAUCAGCGCCUGCUCGGCACCAUCCUCAUCCCCGACGUCGACUCCAUCAAUGUCACCAACAGCCCCAACACGGCCGCCGCCGGCAACUUUGGCCGCCACGUCCAGCAGUGCAACUCGGAAUGGGGCGCCCGUCCCAACUUUGUCCUCGUCGACUUCUGGAACGUCGAGGACCCCAUUACCGCCGUCGACCGCGUCAAUGGUCUCAGCGACAUUACCGGCCGAGCGUCGGUGAGUGCCCAGAUCGGCACCACCUCCUCGAGUGUUCCCUUGAGCUACCACGGCAUCAGCGGUGGUCUUUUGGUCUCUUUGGCCUCUGCCAUGGUCCUAUUGGCCUAA